GCAGCGGCACACCGGGCAGGACUCCGGGCAGCGGCACAUCGGGCAGGACUCCGGGCAGCGGCACAUCGGGCAGGACUCCGGGCAGUGGCACCAGGCGAGGCAGCAGGCAGCGGGCCACCAGGCGGAGCAGCAGGCCCCGGGCCCCCCCAGGCGGAGCGGCGGGCGCCGGGACCCCAGGCGGAGCGACAGGCAUCGGGCCCCCAGGCGGAGCGGCGGGCGCUGGACCCCCAGGCAGGCAGCAACAGGUCUUGGGCCCCCAGGUGGAGCGGCGGGCGCCGGACCCCCAGGCGGAGCGACAGGUCUUGGGCCCCCAGGCGGAGCGGCGGGCGCUGGACCCCUAGGUGGAGCGACAGGUCUCGGGCCCCCAGGCGGAGCGGUGGGCGCCGGACCCCCAGGCGAAGCGACAGGUCUCGGGCCCCCAGGUGGAGCGGUGGGCGCCGGACCCCCAGGCGGAGCGAAGGUCUCGGGCCCCCAGGCGGAGCGACAAGCACC